CCAUCUAAAAACAGAGCAAAACAGAUCACUAAGCAUUUUGACCAUUAUAGUUCACUAAAAUGGCCAUCACUUCAGUAACUCUUAUCAAGAUGAUCUCUGUCAUCUUCAUCCUCAUCACUCUUUUCACUUCCCAAGCUGCAGCUGAUUGUGCAACCGAAAAAGCAGACAGCUGCGUCAACAAGGAAAAGGCUAAGCCUCUUAAAAUCAUAGCCAUCAUCACCAUCUUAGUUUCUAGCAUCAUUGGCGUGUGCUCACCCUUGUUGACGCGUUCAAUCCCUGCUUUUAGCCCCGAAAGCAAUCUCUUCAUAAUCGUGAAGUGCUUCGCCGCUGGUAUUAUUCUCGGGACCGGGUUCGUGCAUGUUCUUCCUGAUUCAUUUGACAUGCUCUGGUCUGAUUGCUUGCAAGAGAAACCAUGGCAUGAGUUUCCAUUUUCUGGAUUUGUUGCCAUGUUUUCUGCAUUAGUCACCAUGAUGAUAGACUCUUUGGCUACUAGCUUUUAUACCAGAAGGAAUAAAUCUGGAGUUAUUCCAGAGAACCAUGUUGAAGGUGGAGAAGAUCGAGAGAUGGGUGCUGUUGUGAAUGUUGGGCAUUCACAUGGUCACCAUCACUUUCAUCAAGAAACCAAGACAGAUCGCACAGAUUCACAACUUAUGCGUUAUCGUGUGGUUGCCACGGUAUUAGAACUUGGAAUUGUUGUGCAUUCAGUGGUGAUUGGACUUUCCAUGGGAGCCUCAAAUAACACAUGCACAAUAAAAGGACUAGUGGCUGCCAUGUGCUUCCAUCAAAUGUUUGAAGGCAUGGGGCUUGGUGGCUGCAUUCUCCAGGCAGAGUACAACUUCGCAAAGAAGGCGAUCUUUGUGUUCUUCUUCUCAGUGACAACCCCAUUUGGAAUUGCAUUAGGAAUGGCAAUGUCCACAAGCUACAAAGAGAACAGCCCAAGUGCACUCAUUAUUGUAGGAUUGCUUAAUGCAUCAUCUGCUGGGCUUUUAGUCUACAUGGCAUUAGUUGACCUGCUUGCUGCUGAUUUUAUGAGUCCAAGGUUGCAGGGGAGCAUUAAGCUUCAACUAAAAUCUUACAUUGCAGUCUUUUUGGGUGCCGGUGCCAUGUCUCUCAUGGCAAAAUGGGCAUAAUUUUCUCAGAACUACUUUUUUAACGCAUUAAUGUUAAUCAAUGAACCUCCUCUAGUGUGUUUGGAUCAACAUGCGUUUGCAAAAUUGAUUCUAAUAAAAUUGAGUAUUGUAAACGUGAAUAAAAGUUACGUAAUUUAUGUUUGGAAA